AUGUGGUUUCUUGGUUGGAAAGGACCGUCGGGAUUCUCAGCUUCUUCAACCGCCGAUGAAGUUACUCGCGGAAUUGAUGGAACCUCUCUCACUGCCAUCGUCACAGGAGCAUCAAGUGGUCUUGGUUUGGAAACAACCAGAGUUCUUGCUUUGCGUGGUGUUCAUGUUGUUAUGGCUGUGAGGAAUGUGAAUAAUGGUAUGGAAAUCAAAGAAACGUUACUUAAGGAAAUUCCUGCUGCUAAAAUUGAUGUUUUUCAAUUAGAUCUUAGCUCUCUGGCUUCUGUUAGGAAAUUCGCAGCAGAUUUUAAUUCUUCUGGUUUUCCACUCAAUAUUCUAAUUAACAAUGCAGGGGUGAUGGCUACUCCAUUCAUGCUGUCCGAAGACAAUAUUGAAUUGCAGUUUGCAACCAAUCAUUUAGGCCAUUUUCUGUUGACAAAUCUUUUAUUAGAAACUAUGAAAAGAACUGUAAGGGAAUGCAACCGGGAAGGAAGGAUAGUUAUUGUAUCAUCGGAGGCUCACAGAUUUGCAUAUAGUGAAGGGAUUCGUUUUGAUAAGAUCAACAGUGAAUCGGAAUACAGCGGUUAUUUUGCUUAUGGACAAUCAAAACUUGCCAACAUUUUGCAUGCCAAUGAGCUUGCGAGGCGCUUGAAGGAAGAAGGGGUGCAAAUAACAGUUAACUCUCUUCAUCCUGGAACAAUUAUUACAAAUAUUCUGCGGUACCAUGGUUAUUUUAAUGCCGUUGCUAAUAUGGUGGGCAAGUACCUACUUAAAAAUGUGCAACAGGGAGCUGCAACUCAAUGUUAUCUUGCACUCCACCCACAGGUCAAGGGAAUAUCUGGUGAGUACUUUAUGGAUAGUAAUAAGGCAAACCCAACCACUUUAGCCAAAGAUACAGAGCUGGCGCAAAAACUAUGGGAAUUGAGUGUAAGUUUGUCUAAUACGAAGUAG